AUGCGAAGUCCCAGUGGGGUGACGAGCAAGUGGGAGACACAGUGGGCUGGGCAGUGGAAGAACUCCCCAAGCUGGUGGAAGCGAAGGAGACAGUGUGGCGAGGCGGGGAGAGGAGUGAACGUACCUUCGGGAGGACAAGCCAGUCACUUCCCAGUCUCGUGUCUCAGUUCGGGCCUUGAGGAUCGGUCGGGACGGUUGUCUGGCCGAGGCGGAGGCGCGUGCGAGAGGGGCGUGGACGGACGGAAGCCGACGACGCUCGUGAUCAUGGCUCUGACCAGCGGUAGCCCGUGGCCUUACGCCCUCCUCGCUCUGGCGCUGCUGACGACGGCCCCUGCGCUCACGGAGGGCGUCGCCGGAUCCAACCGAGUCCCCGGCCUCACCCUGACGCAGACGGUGAGGGCGGAGCAGGACCUCGAGCCACUGCUGGACCUGAAGCACAGCCACGAGUCGGUGUUGGACUCUGAGGGCAUCAUGACUGUGUUCUGGACUCCGGACCUGCAGAAGGAGGAGGUGACGUUCGAAAUCCACGCCAGGACCAUGGGCUGGCUCGGGUUCGGUUUCUCUUCGUCAGGAGGAAUGAGGGGCUCGGAUAUCCUCAUUGCAUGGGUGAAAGAUGGGCAGGCAUUUGCACAGGACCGUCACGGCGUUGGCAACCGCGUACCUGUCCUGGACGACCACCCUGACUGGGAGCUGUUGGGUGGGCGUGAGAAUGGCACCCACACGACCGUCGUUGUCAGGAGGGCUAUUAACACCUGUGAUGAGCAGGAUUUUCGUCUGACGAACGAGACUGUGCGUUUUAUAUACGCGUAUGACAGUGAAGACCCCCCCGAAGAUGGUGACAUAUAUUACCAUGGACCUCGCAGGGGUAACAGGUUCGCCUUGGUUCUAUUGCCCUUCCAUCACAGAGAACCAACACCUGAUAUACAGACAUGGGAAAUCAGCCAGAGAGUGGCAUUGCCCAAUGGCGUUGACACCUUCUACUGGUGCCACAUCGAGAAGGUGCCAAAGUGGAGGAAGAAGCACCAUUAUAUCGGGUUUAGCAUGAUAUACGGAGAGAACUCGCGAGCUCACCUACACCACACGCUAGGGUUUGAGUGCAACGUACCUGACGGGCGGAGACAGCAUGAAGUCUAUGAGAGAUAUGUUGGCCAUGAGGGGUAUGAGUGCUACACACCCAACAUGCCGCCUGAUUUCAACUUCUGCGAAAAAUUCCUCAUCAACUGGGCCAUUGGUAGUGAGGGUGAAAUGCUCCCCGACCACGUGGGUUUUCCCCUUGGCGAAGAUCACGGGGGGUCGACCUACCUGCUCUUCCAGACGCAUUACGACAACGCCCGUUAUGCGAGAGACGUCGCGGUGGAAUGGGGGAUGAAGAUCUAUUAUACUGAGAAGAUAAGGGAGAAGGACGCGGGGAAUCUCGCCGUGGGUCACUCGAUCGUCUUCUCCCUGACGGUGCCGCCCAGGAGGUUAGACUGGGUCACGGCAGGUCACUGUUCGUCAGACUGUACUCGCGACACUAUCCCUGAGGACGGAGUGAAUGUCUUCAUGAUUUUCCUCCAUGGUCAUUAUACAGCUCGCAGCAUCAAACUGAGACACUUCCGAAACGGCCGCGAACUGGCGCCACUCGGAGAAGACAAGAACUUCGACGCCAAUUUCCAGCAGGCAAGAAUUCUGAGCGAGCCGGUGAAGAUUUACCCUGGAGAUCACCUGACUGUUGAGUGCCGCCAGGACAGUCGCGACCGGCCCAACGCCACCUUCGCCGGGUGGGGCGCCAGAGACGAGAUGUGCCACGCCUUCCUCAGCAUGUGGCCCAGGAUCCCCAUGGCCGCCUGCAGGUCCUCGCCCCAUCUGGACACGCUGAGAGACGCCUGGAAGAUCAAGUCCUUCCCCCGUGACCUCGACCUGUACAAGUACGAGUUUGACCCCUGGCUCGGCAACCAAGGCGGAAUCAACUACCAGAAGUAUAUCAACGGCUUGCCUUGGGACAAACUCAACUUGGAGAAGAUCAACGAGAAACUGCGCCGAGGUCGCCAUUCCAACAAGUGUCAGUACAACUACGGCAUGAAGAUUGAGAUGGCACGCGAGGAGACCAAAUACCCGCCGGUGCCAGAAUACGUGGAGCCAGUCGAGAGCAAGUGCCGUAGAACACCUGAUGCCUCUGUCUUUGGUGGCACUGUUACCGGCGUAGGUGCCAGGAAUGCCCCCGUUCUGCUCGGAACAGCUGUCGCUCUCAUGUGGGUUUUUGCGAUGCACUAACAUGUAUGGCGUUGAUUUGAGGGUUUCUUGCAGCAGAGUUUAGUUUGUUAUUUUGAACUGUACAAAUAUGCGUCGCGUAGGACUAUGUGCAUAGACUUGCACACAAGAAAAAACACAAGAAGUACAUACACUCUCGGAUACAUGCACAUACAUAAUUACACGCACACACGUACGCUCAUAUAUACAGUAUACACGUAUGCGUGUGUAUGUACACACACAUACAUAUAUACCUCUCUCUCUCUCUCUCUCUCUCUUUCUCUCUCUUUAUAUACAUACAUAUAUAUA